GUCUUGUCAUCAUAUUGCAUCCUGUGACGUCUGAUAGAGUAACGCAGCUCCAUCCUCCAAAAUUUUAGAUUUGUUUCAACACCACCAUUUACGUUUUAUUUCUUUAAAUUACGAAGUAAUUUUGUGUGUAACGCUUUAUGAUUAGAUCUCACUUGGUCAAAUGGACUUUUUAAAAUAAAGGUUGUGUAACCGCAGGGUAUGCUGGGACAGUAAUGGCUGCCUUCAUUCAUGUAAACAUAUGCGUCGUGUUUACGAAAGUACUGUGCUUUUACCCCUCUCAGUAAUAGUGCAUCUCGACGUGUCUAUAACGAAAGGCGUAACGUUCAUUCUUUGAAGUAUAUAUUUUCAGAUGUUCCGUGUUUAAUUUUAACAGGACCCCAAUUUGCUUCUUACGGUACAUUAGCCUGCAUGCUAGCGGAGAAUCGCUCCUCUUUCAGAAAAUGGAAGACGACGACUGUUUACAUCGACUGGAGGGAUCGGAUCCUUCUGCUCAAGUAGGCGGACUAAUUGUCAAAAAGAAGAGUGCGGCAGCCGACCCCCAUGUCUUCCGGGCACCGACUCCACGCACCUCUCUGCUGGGCUUGGAUCUGCUGGCUGCACAAAAAAGAAAAGAGCGGGAGAAUAAGGAACAAACCAACGGAGAUGAAAGCAGUCGGAAGAAGUCGAAAGUUUCGUCUUAUAAGGACUGGGAGGAAAACAAAAGUGACUCUGGCUCAGAUGAGGAAGACGAUGAAAAGAGCAGACAAGUAAAGAAAGAAAGCCGGAAAUAUCGUAUGAUUGGAUCGGAGACACCGUCCAGUCCAGGGGGAGUCAGUGAAGAGUUUCGUCGCCUACACAAGCAGCGAGAAAAAGAAAGGAGAGAGCAUGGAGUCUAUGCCUCUUCCAAAGAAGAUAACAGCAGAGACAAAGAGAGGAAAAGAGAUAAGGGUGGGGACCGGAGGUCUCACAGAGAUGAGCGUGACAGUGGUCGCGGCACCAGCACCAGUCGAUCUGAACGUUCUGACCGCAGUGAGAGAAGCGAGCGUUCACAAAGAGACGGUUGGUCGGAUCGAAUCAGCCGAGGAAGUAGGCGGGACGAACCUUCCACACCACGAGACCGUCCGAGAGAUUCAUUCACACCUUCCAGAUCCAACUGGGAAGAGGACGAUAGUGGGUAUUCCAGCUCCAGGCAUUCUCAGUGGGAGUCUCCGUCCCCUGCUCUGUCUUCUCGAGAAACAGACCGUUCAGAACGAAGCCAUCGGACUGGUCGAGAGAGCGAAAGAAGAGACAAGUCAGUACGAAGCGGCUACUCUGCUGACACUCCACUGCCCACACCGUCCUACAAGUACAAUGAGUGGGCCAAUGACAGAAAGCACCUGGGUUCUACUCCUCGCUUAUCCCAAGGAAAAGCAAGAAAAGAUGGUGAGGGAGGUAUUUCGUUCGACAAUGAGGAUGAAAAAGAACAGUGGGAAGAAGACCAAAAGCAAGCUGACAGGGACUGGUACAUGAUGGAUGAAGGCUACGACGAAUUCCACAACCCUUUUACAUCUACUUCCGAUGAAUAUCUGAAGAAAAGAGAGCAGGUUCUUCAGAAACAGACCCAGAAACGAAUAUCUGCCCAGAAACGACAGAUAAAUGAGGACAACGAGCGCUGGGAGACCAACCGCAUGCUAACCAGUGGAGUGGUACAGAGGCUUGAGGUGGAUGAAGACUUUGAAGAGGAUAAUGCUACCAAAGUUCACCUCCUCGUUCAUAACCUGGUCCCUCCUUUCCUGGAUGGAAGAAUCGUCUUUACUAAACAGCCUGAGCCUGUGAUUCCUGUCAGGGACCCCACAUCUGACAUGGCCAUCAUCUCUCGAAAGGGCAGUCAGCUUGUCCGUAAACAUCGCGAGCAGAAGGAGCGCAAGAAGGCUCAGCACAAGCACUGGGAAUUGGCAGGUACCAAGUUGGGAGAUAUUAUGGGAAUCAAGAAAACAGAGGAUCCUGAUGCAGCAGGAGCUGUGGGAGAGGACGGCAAAGUUGACUACAGGGCAGAUCAGAAAUUUGCAGAUCACAUGAAAGAGAAGUCUGAAGCCAGCAGCGAGUUUGCUAAAAAGAAAAGUAUUUUGGAGCAGAGGCAGUACCUCCCAAUAUUUGCAGUGCGACAACAACUUCUGAAUAUCAUAAGGGACAACAGCAUCGUCAUUGUUGUCGGAGAAACAGGCAGUGGGAAGACCACUCAGUUGACUCAGUACCUCCAUGAGGAUGGAUACACCAGCUAUGGCAUGGUGGGAUGCACUCAGCCGAGACGAGUGGCUGCAAUGAGUGUGGCCAAGAGAGUCAGUGAAGAGAUUGGUACCAAUCUGGGGGAGGAGGUGGGCUAUGCUAUUCGUUUUGAGGACUGCACAACAGAGAAGACGUUAAUAAAGUACAUGACGGACGGAAUCCUGCUCAGAGAGUCACUCAGGGAGUCAGAUCUGGACCACUACAGUGCAGUCAUCAUGGACGAGGCUCACGAGCGUUCCCUGAACACUGAUGUGCUUUUCGGUCUGCUCCGGGAGGUGGUUUCUCGGCGGACGGAUUUAAAGCUUAUAGUUACAUCUGCAACUAUGGACUCUGAUAAAUUUGCUUCAUUCUUCGGCAAUGUACCGAUAUUCCACAUUCCCGGGCGAACAUUUCCAGUGGACAUCUUGUUCAGCAAGACCCCUCAGGAGGACUAUGUGGAGGCAGCUGUGAAACAGGCUUUGCAGAUCCACUUGAGUGGAAUGUUUGGGGACAUCCUCAUCUUCAUGCCUGGGCAAGAAGAUAUUGAGGUUACCUCAGAUCAGAUCGUUGAGAGAUUGGAGGAUCUGGAGAACGCACCUCCGCUAGCUGUGCUUCCCAUUUACUCCCAGCUGCCCUCUGACCUCCAAGCCAAGAUCUUCCAAAAGGCCCCUGAUGGUGUCAGGAAAUGCAUCGUGGCCACAAACAUCGCGGAAACCUCCUUGACUGUGGAUGGCAUCAUGUUUGUGGUGGACGCUGGAUACUGCAAAUUAAAGGUUUUCAAUCCUCGUAUUGGAAUGGACGCUCUGCAAAUUUAUCCCAUCAGUCAAGCGAAUGCCAACCAACGUUCUGGAAGAGCAGGACGUACCGGUCCGGGCCAGUGUUACAGGCUUUACACUCAGAGUGCGUUUAAGAACGAGAUGCUGACCGUCACCAUCCCUGAGAUCCAGAGGACAAAUCUGGCCAACGUGGUUCUGCUGCUGAAGUCUCUCGGUGUUCAGGAUUUGCUUCUCUUCCACUUCAUGGAUCCACCACCAGAGGACAACAUGCUCAAUUCCAUGUACCAGCUCUGGAUUUUGGGAGCUCUAGACAACACAGGGGCUUUGACACCAACAGGCCGGAUGAUGGUGGAGUUCCCCCUCGACCCGGCUCUGUCUAAGAUGCUGAUUGUGUCCUGCGACAUGGGAUGUAGCGCAGACAUCCUCAUUAUAGUGUCCAUGCUGUCUGUGCCAGCCAUCUUUUACCGACCCAAGGGUCGUGAGGAAGAGAGUGACCAGGUCAGGGAGAAGUUCUCAGUUCCAGAAAGCGACCACCUCACAUAUCUCAACGUCUACAUGCAGUGGAAGAAUAACAACUACUCCAGCAUCUGGUGCAACGAUCACUUCAUCCACACCAAGGCCAUGCGCAAGGUGCGUGAAGUGCGUUCCCAGUUGAAAGAUAUCAUGGUGCAGCAGAGGAUGAACCUCAUUUCCUGCGGCUCCGACUGGGAUGUGAUCAGGAAGUGCAUCUGUGCUGCCUAUUUCCACCAAGCUGCCAAACUCAAGGGCAUUGGUGAGUAUGUGAAUGUGAGAACAGGUAUGCCCUGUCACCUGCACCCAACCAGCUCCUUGUUUGGAAUGGGCUACACUCCUGACUACAUCAUCUACCACGAGCUUGUCAUGACCACCAAGGAGUACAUGCAGUGUGUGACCGCUGUGGAUGGAGAGUGGCUGGCAGAACUGGGACCCAUGUUCUACAGCAUAAAGCACGCUGGGAAGAGCAGAGGGGAAAACCGUCGGCGGGCCAAGGAGGAGAUCACCAACAUGGAGGAGGAGAUGGCACUGGCGCAGGAGCAGCUGAGAGCUCGUCGCGAUGAACAGGAGAGAAAGAGCAACACCGGCAGCGUUCGGGGACUGAAAAUCCUGACUCCAGGAAGGAAGGAGGAGGCCCCCACGACGCCCAGACGCACCCCUUCAAGGUUCGGACUGUGAAGCUCCUGCAGGAGGUCCGAGCUGCAGCGUCGUCUUCUCUCCAGCAGCUGCACACACACUCCACCGCAUGAGCAACUCAAGUGUUAUCACCCGCAGUUCUUCCGUCAACCACUAGAGGGGGAACUUGCAUAAGGCACAAAGGUGAAGAGGGAGACCCCGGAACAAAGUAGUCUGUCAUCGUGUACUUCAGUCGAAGACGCUUUUCUUUUCCUGAAUACGGAGGAUUUGUUGCUUUUCUAAUUUGUCAGGCAGCGCGUCGCCGUUGGAGCUGAACUCAUUUCAUUUCCUGCACCCAGAUGGCAGGAGCUGAUUUAAAUGUGUGCCGUGUUUACUGGCUUGUUGUCGACCAGAUGACACCAGUGUUGUCCAUCUUCCGACCACCGUUUUACAUCCUGUGUGGAACACAUCAGCAUGUUACUUUGUGACGAUAAUGUGCGUCGUCUUUGCUUCGAAGAAACCAACGCUCAUGUGACCAAACUUGCUAGUUUAUAGUUGGUGUUUAUUACGUCAUGCCAGGUUUUUUUUUUCUGCUAAGCUUCUCUUCCAGUGAUGAUUUUAAACACAGAACUGAGCGAACCAUCGCAGGAACACUGAUUUGCUCUUGUGACCUCGUGAAAUAAAUGUCCAUUAUUUUUGUAAUCCACUCAGAUUUACCUGGAUCUUUUGUGGGCACUUGGGCGGGGUCUGAGGAACGUGUCAUUUCUGCAGUUCAAAAGUUAUAAAUGCUGUACAGGAAACAUAGGUGAAGAGUUUUACUGCAUCAUAGCAGCGCGUGAAGUGAGGUCAUCUUGUCUCUGGAACACAGUCAGUCACUUGAGGGGAAAAAUACAUUUCACCUUUGUCACGUACCUUAACCAGAAAACAGUGUCUCAACAGAAUUCACUUUGAGUCUGUAUUUUAAUAAUAGCAAGAGAAUUUCGUCUUAACACUUGUGAUUAGUUCAUAAGCAGCAGAAUUGUUCCCCACCAUGGUUUUCCAAAGUAUCCAGAUUAAAUGUUAGAAUCAGAGGGCGUCCACCUUUUGGCACACUUUCACUUCGUGUUGGAGUUUGAUUCCGAUCGAGCUACACGUGUGUAAACUGAUUGGGAGCCACGUUAAAUGGCUUGAGUGGGUCAGAUUUGGCCCCUGUGCCUCAGGUUGGACACAAAACUGCAAUAAAGAAAAUGA